GGAAGGGGCGGGGAGAGCGCCAGAGGGAGGCCGGUCGGCCGCGGGCGGGCGGGCAGCGCAGCGCAGCGCCGAGCGGGGCCCGCGGGCCCAUGAGGAGGCCCGGGGACCAUGGGCUCCAGGAUCAAGCAAAACCCAGAGACCACCUUUGAAGUGUAUGUGGAAGUGGCCUAUCCUCGGACAGGUGGCACUCUUUCAGAUCCUGAGGUGCAGAGGCAAUUCCCGGAGGACUACAGUGACCAGGAAGUUCUACAGACUUUGACCAAGUUUUGUUUCCCCUUCUAUGUGGACAGCCUCACAGUUAGCCAAGUUGGCCAGAACUUCACAUUUGUACUUACUGACAUUGACAGCAAACAGAGAUUUGGAUUCUGCCGGUUAUCUUCAGGAGCCAAGAGCUGCUUUUGUAUCUUAAGCUAUCUACCCUGGUUCGAGGUAUUUUAUAAGCUACUUAACAUCUUGGCAGAUUACACAACAAAAAGACAGGAAAGUCAGUGGAAUGAACUUCUUGAAACUCUGCACAGACUUCCCAUUCCUGACCCAGGAGUGUCUGUUCAUCUCAGUGUGCAUUCUUAUUUUACUGUGCCUGAUACCAGAGAACUUCCCAGCAUACCUGAAAAUAGAAAUCUGACAGAAUAUUUUGUGGCUGUGGAUGUAAACAACAUGUUGCAUCUGUAUGCCAGUAUGCUGUACGAGCGCCGGAUACUCAUCAUCUGCAGCAAGCUCAGCACUUUGACUGCCUGCAUCCAUGGCGCAGCUGCAAUGCUCUACCCCAUGUACUGGCAACAUGUGUACAUCCCUGUGCUGCCUCCACAUCUGCUGGACUACUGCUGUGCUCCCAUGCCCUACCUCAUAGGAAUCCAUUUAAGUUUAAUGGAGAAAGUCAGAAACAUGGCCCUGGAUGAUGUCGUGAUCCUGAAUGUGGAUACCAACACCCUGGAAACCCCCUUUGAUGACCUCCAGAGCCUUCCAAAUGAUGUGAUCUCUUCACUGAAGAACAGGCUGAAGAAGGUCUCCACAACCACAGGCGAUGGGGUGGCCAGAGCCUUCCUUAAGGCCCAGGCCGCUUUCUUCGGUAGCUACCGGAAUGCCCUGAAAAUCGAGCCGGAGGAGCCCAUCACCUUCUGCGAAGAAGCCUUUGUGUCCCACUAUCGCUCUGGAGCCAUGAGGCAGUUCCUGCAGAAUGCCACACAGCUGCAGCUCUUCAAGCAGUUUAUUGACGGUCGAUUAGACCUCCUCAAUUCUGGCGAGGGUUUCAGCGAUGUUUUUGAAGAGGAGAUCAACAUGGGCGAGUAUGCGGGCAGUGAUAAACUGUACCAUCAGUGGCUCUCCACCGUCCGGAAAGGAAGCGGAGCAAUUCUGAACACCGUAAAAACAAAAGCCAAUCCAGCCAUGAAGACCGUCUACAAGUUCGCAAAAGAUCAUGCAAAAAUGGGAAUAAAAGAGGUGAAAAACCGCUUGAAGCAAAAGGACAUCGCGGAGAAUGGCUGUGUCCCCACCACUGAAGAGUCGCUGCCUAAGACUAUGCCGUCCCCACUGUUGGAGGCCAAGGACCCCAAGCUCCGAGAAGACCGGAGGCCGAUCACGGUCCACUUUGGGCAGCCACAAAGACUCCAUCCCACUCGACCACCGCCUCCCAAGAUACAGCGCUCGAGGCCCGUGCGCCCACCCCGUCCACAUGUUGUCAAGAGACCGAAGAGCAACAUUGCCAUGGAAGGCCGCAGGACGUCUAUCUCGAGCCCUGAGCACUCCAGCUGGCAAGACCAACUUCUUGAAACACAGGAAGCAUCCAGCGGAAAAUAUUUUAAUAAAACAGACUCCUCAUAAAAUAUUGUUCUGGGGGGAAGGAAACCAGCUCCUCCAAUCUGUCAGCAUUGUGUGGGGAGAGACGAGAAGAUGAGCCGGCAGGCAGGAGCCAAGGCCUAAUGGGUGUUUGUCGGGGCUGGUUCUGUGUCGGGUACAUGGACUUGGGCCUGGGCCUUUCAUCUGGCCUGGGUUUUCUUGUAUGCUGGGUCUUCAUCUCCACUGAGAAUAUCAAAGCGCCUCAGAAACUUAGAGAACUGGGGCGGCAGAAGAGGAUGUGGGAUCUUUGAAGUUGAAGGGGGGAGAUUCAGCACUCCUGACUUCUUGCCCCAAUCCUCCCUUCCAAUGGCACAUCCCAUAAUUAACUGUAGACAGCGAGACAGCUGAUUAAGAACAAGAGCGUCCUCUGCAGCCGCUGAGCAUCCUGGGAUCCAUCAAUGCUCAGCAGCAGCGUCCUGCAGCUCUCUGGCCACUCCAUCGCUGGAGUUUGUUCCUUCCUUUGUAGCUGAUGUCCAUCUGUCCAUCUAUGCAUUCAUGUGUCCAUUCAUUCAACAAAUAUCUCUGAAAGCCUGCUAGAUGCAGGCUGCAUAGCAUUUUUAAAAGGAGACCUUAGAGGGGAGUUCCCAUGGUGACUCUUCUGUUGACUUGCAUUUGCCCAAAAUGAUAUUUUUCUCCAUCGAAAUUUCUUUCUGAAUCAAGGAUAGGUUUCUGAGCCUCAUGAGGCCAUUUAUUGGCGUUUGCAAGGAUACUUCCAAAAUAUUGGGGGGGAAACAUUCCCUCUAUUUUUCAGUUACCUUUAGUUGAUUAACAUGCAGUUAAUCUUUUUCUCCAAGAAAUAUUAGCUUCUUCCAUUAUUAUUCAGAGCAGGGCGAAUGGGAUGCCCUCAACUGGCAGGAGAGGUCUGGGUGAGAUGCCAGUCAGCAGGAAGUGCCCUGAAGCCCCUCGAAGUUCCAGACCCUCUGGGGCUGGCAGUUCCCCCUUCCACAGAGUGGGAGCUUAGACUCAGAAAAUGCAUUUGGCAGUGUUCCCAAGGUGGCAGGGCCAGGAGUCAGUGUCCUGGUCUGUUUCGUUCUCUCCGUUGCACUCUGCUCCCCUCAUUGGGAUAGGUCCUGUCGGGGUCCAUUUGUAGUCUGGCUUUGCCCAGGGAGAUAACUCCAUGUCCUAAGAUGCCUUGUCCAGCUCACCACACCUCCCCUUGGUUUCCCUGGAGCCAGGAAUUGGGAACUCGAGUCCCUCAGCCCAACUUCUGCCACAGAGCAGUGUCCACAGGCACCUGAGUAUUUCUACUUGGGGAAGGAGAGAGAUGUGACAUUUACUAAACACCCCUAAGGUUAUGAAAGGUGGGUGGUGGCUUUCCCACUUAGCAGAUAGAGAAACUGAGGCUCAGGGAGAACUUCCAGUAACUUGUCCAAGGGCUCUUGGACAGAACAAGGUACGUCCUUUCUUCACCACCAGCCGGGGUUUUUGUUCACAACCUAAUUAUGCCUCUGUGCUGCUCUGAGUAGUGAGAACAUGGCUGCCGCGAUAGGUGAGGGAGGCUCACGGCUCCCCGCCCAUUAAAGGUGGGCCUUGGCAGUUUCCUGCUGGAACAUGCCCAGCUGCCAGGCCCCAAGUUUUUCCCUUUUGGCUUUUCCAGGUUCCAGGGAAAUUCCCAUUCAACUUGAUGCUUAGAGCCUAAAAGCAGCUUGAAAAGGCAACACUGAUCAGAACUGCCUGCCCCUCAGGACUAAGGCAAGGCCAGGGUGACCAUGCUGACCCCCAGGGGCCUCCUCCUACCAGGCAGGCUGCCAUUUGUUCCCUGCUAGGAGGUGGCAGGGAAGGCCAGUGGCUGAGAAUAUGGAGGGAGAUUAUUUUAUGCAUCUGCCAGCUGGUUAAUCUUCACAACCCAGAUGCAGGGCUGUCCUCUGAGUACUAGGUCAAGGCACUUGCAGGUAGCAGUGGGUCUGAUGGGGACUGGGCAUGACACCUGCUCAGCUGAGCUUGUUUGACUACACACCUUGUCUCCUAAUGAGUGGGACUAAUGAGUCUGCCUGACCCUGUGCCCCAUAUUAGAUCUUCAGAUUGUUUCCAGGUUUUCAUUCAGAUGAUAAAUGCCAGGGUAAAUAUCUUAAUCUCCAAGCUUCCUCUCAUUUUAUACAUUAUAAGAAAUGGAAUUAACAGCUACCUUUAGCUGUGAACUACUAGAAAGUGCUAAGCACUUUACGUACACCAUUUCAUUUAGUCCUCACAAGAAAUCUUGGAAGCCAGGUAUUAUGAGCUCUAUUUCAUAGAAAUAGCUGAGACUCCAAGAAGUUGUCACUGCCCUUGGUCACGCAGCUAGUUAUUGGUAGAGCCGAGCUUCAAACACGUCUCUCUAAUGCAAGAAGCAAUACUCUUAACCAGUCAUAUAGGAAGAUAUCUGCCCUGUAUUGCUAAAAAACUUUCUAAAAGAAUUGUUCUGGGGCUGGGGAGAUAGCUCAGUCGGUAGAGUGCUUGCCUUGCAAGCACAAGGCCCUGAGUUCGAUCCCCAGCACACAAAAAAAAUAAAAAAAUAAAAGAAUUGUUCUACUUGAUAUGUCCAUCACAACUGGACUCCCCAGAAAUCUGGGGAGCUGGCAUUAGAUAUCCUCUGAACAAGGAAAUGACCCACAGGUAUAUAGCUGUGUAUGGCUGGACAGAAUCUGUACACCAAAUGGCCAGUCCAUGCUGCUGAGGAUCCAGAUUAUCUGAUCAUCUGAAUUAUACCACAUGACCCCAACUCCAGGCCCCAGAAGAUUAAAAUAAGAUUAGAAGAAGCUGCCAGAAGCAUUUAGUGAGUACUCUUCCCAAAGCCCAGGUCUUGAAUACUUAGUAUUCCCCUCUCUUGACCAGCUGCUGGCAGAAGAUGACGUGCUUCUUUGGCACAGCAGACAUGCCUCACUUUUCUCAAUGACAAUUGUUCCCACUGUCUUUCAAAACAGAGCAGAGCCCCCUUUCUCUCCUGCACAGCCCAGAGCUGCCCUGGGGGUGUGGGUCAGUCAUUUGGAUGGUGGCCUGGUACAUGGGCAGGGCUUUGGCAUCCAACACACCCAGGUCACCCCGCCACCAACCACCAGCCCUGAGGCUCUGGGCUCCUUGCCUUCUGCUUUUAACACCAUGCCUGUUAACAUCCCAAGGAGUGUGGUUUGGGAAACUGCCCACAGGAGCCACAGUCACAUCCUGAGUUAGCAAAGCGCAUGGCUUCCCCUCCUGUAGCCAUUGCUGUGGCCUCAGCACUCUGCCCCAACACUCCCCUGAGCCACUCACUCCCCCUUCCCAUAUGCACAAUCCCCCAGGAUGCCCCCAAUGUAGCUCUGAACUGCCCUGCUGUAGUUUUCUCUUUACAUCUUGUGCCUGCACAUACACCAGUGGUCUGCAGCUCCUCCAGGGCUGGAGCUGUGUGUCCUCCAGCUUUGACUCUCCAGCUCCCAAACCAGAUCCCAGCCUGGAUCUCUGUUCAGAGAUGUUUCCUGAAUUAAUAAGCAAAGGAAUUUAGUAAAGGAAGGUGCCCUGGCAAGGGGCAACUGUCAGUUAACAGCCACAAAUAUGUAAAGAGCACCUAUCAUGUGCCAGGUAUAAUCAGGACAUGACUGUUAAACUGCCAAUACCUUGUCCUCCCGGCCUCAUAAGAACCAGGAACUGUGAUCAGCCCCAGGAGCAAGUCUCCAAGAUGCCAGCUGAGCCCUGGGCCCCAGCAGGGAAGGGCCAGCUGUCCUGGCGCUACCCACUGGCAGGCUGCCAGGACCUACUGCCUGAGCGGCCAGGAGACCAAACACCCGAGCAGAAGGUCACAGACCCAAUUAGCAGGGUGAGAGGCUUCUGACCUGGUUCACACCCCCACCAUGCACCAGUGAAUUCUGGGCCUUGGAGACAAAGCCAGCCUGAAGUCAGACAUGGAGCCCAAGCCAGAAUGGAAAAGCAAGAACUGCCAGGGAGCCCUUCCCCAUCUCCAGAAGCUCCGGUGAUCCACAGCAGCCCAGGAAAACAGAGGACCCUCUGUCUCCAUUACUUCUCUGUGCCACGUGGAGGGACAGGCUUUUCCCAGGACUGUCACCACAGGAAGAGUUCUUUACUGCUAGAAAACUGAGUCUUAAAGAUGCUUUAGAAAAGGGCCAUGGCCUCAAGAAGUACUGAUUUUAGUCACUUCUGAAAGGCUUUGCCACCUCUACCGAGACCCCAAUUUCCUGCAGAUUCCAUGUCACCUUUUCUGAAGAGCACUUGGUUAACCUCCCUGCACCUGCCCCCCAACAGAUAUCUUCCCAGCCAACUCAUUGUUAGCUCCACUCAACUACAAGGAAGCCAGAGCUGUAGUAGGUGGGACAGUUCAUCCUGAGGCAGGAUGCGUACCCAGGGCUGCUGGAUCCCACUGGCCCUGCCCUGUCAACGCCACCACUGCUGCCAUGGUCCCUAGAGCUUAACCCCCAGGUCCAGGCUCUUGGCAGAGGUCAUCCUCAGGAUGAGGGACAGUGUUUAUGUACAGUCCACAAAUGUCUCUUCUUGUUCAAGGAAACCACCCCAAAAAUGUCCCCAUCCCAACCUUCCUUCCAGUACAACCUGGUGUGUGGGCAGAGGAGCAGAGCCCAUGCACUGUGCUCAGGCCUCUCCCUGAAUGCCUGUCCACCAUGGGUUUGGAAGCACUUCUCAGGACAUGCUGGGGCACAGACUGGACCUGUGAGAUGGGCAUUAGUGACUGUUGUUGAAAGAAGGAGUGAAUGAACGAACAUACAAGUGACAAAGGAUCCAACAGAUGCACCAGUGAAGGUUCAGAAGGCAGAGCCCAGGGCAUCCAGCCAGUAUGACUGUCUGCUCACCUGCCUGCCAUCCUGUCACCCAGCCUUGCCCGUGGCCCUCAGUCCUGUGCCAGUCCUAGGCCCCCACCACCUGCCCUUCCAACCCACCCAGCCUCUUCUCUGAACUGCCCAGCCUGACAUCACCUACCCUUGCCGCUCCUCAGAGCCACCUCUCGGCAAUUGGGCAGCCACCAUGCACUCAGGAUGAAAAACCCAGCACCCACAAUGCCUCCCUGGAGCCUGGUUGGUCCAAGAGCCCCUGUACCAGAGACACCUCCCCAUUCUGUCCUCUGGCAGAACAAGUGCCUAAUGGAAGGACCUGGUUGCCCACACUCACCUGUCUCCAUUAGACCAGUGCAGUGACAACAGAACUGCCUCCUGGUGGUGAUUCGUGACAACCUCAUCCUCAUCACCAUCCUUCAGCAGAUAUCCACCUGAGACCCAGUGCCAAGACCCACCGCAGCCCGUGGUGCGUCUGUCUCCCAUUCCUUCCACAAACAAAAACCUGGCUCUUACCCUGGGCCACUCCGGGAGGAGCCUCAGCCCAGGUCCAGAGUUUCCUCCAGGUCCUGAGCUACACUGGCUCCCCCAAAGACCCGCAGCCUUGCUUCAGAUCCUUUUCCUAUCCUUCCACUUGCCACUAAAGGUGUGAUCUGGAGUGCUGGCCCCAUGUCGCAGUUGUGGAAAGAAGCAGCAGAAUCUGCAGGCGAGGGUUCUCAGGUGAUUGCCAAGUCCUGUUGUGCCCAGCUGAGGACCACUCGCCCUGGAAGGCAGAGACCACCUUCUUCGUCCAUGAACACCUAAGAAGACCCUGCACAGUACCCAGCAUCUCUCAGUUGGCAAACGAAAGUGGCAUGUGGGUAAAAGUGAGUGCUUGCUAUGCACAAAGACCUCUGCACGUAUUUUCAUUUGACUUUUACAGUUCAACUUUCAGAAGAGCCACAGACUUUCCAUUUCACAGAGAAGAAAUCAGAGUUUAGGGAGGUAAAGUGACUUUUCCAAGGUACCCUGGAUAGGAAGGGGUAAAAAGUGGACAUGCUGACACUGGAUGGGUAGGCAGGACCUGGCUUCAUCCUGUGUCCUGUCCCUGCUCAUCACCCCACCAGGGCCCUGUCACCAAGGGGUGAUGAGUGGCCAAGUCACUUACGACGUGAAGACAGUUUGUGCUGGAGUGAAAUGAUCUUUUAAAAAAUGAUCACCAGCUCCCCUUCAUUACCUCCAGAGACCGAGUCCUGGCUGAUUUCUUCCCAUCUUUAUCUCAAGUACAUUUAAAUGUCAAUUAAAUUUGAAAUAUCUACAUUUGUCAGCAUUUCAUUUUGGGCCAGCGUGACGUGCUGCUGAUUUGUCCACGCGAUGUGACACAUGAAAAAAACUCUCGAGAUGCAGAUCUUCCUCAUUAAAAAAUAAGCCAGUGCGAUCCCAGUGCAGCAGAGAGCACAGAGCACAUCCCCGCUUCCUGACGCCGUGUCUCUGACAUGGUAUUUAAAAAGGAACAGCCUCGCCUGUCACCACUGUCACACGCGCGUGCUAACUGGCGACACGUUAAACCAAACAUUAGAAAGGGCUCAGGAGUCAUCUGCAUGGGAACUCUGUGCCCGCGCGGCGGGCAGAGGCGGGGGCAGCGGUGGGCUGCUGGGGUCCGAGCGCUGAUGGACAGCGGGCCUUUCUUUUGCGCUGAGACGUCGGCAGCCCUCGCUGGGGAGCCAAGUUCGCCACGACCUGCCUUUUCACAGAAGCCCUUUGUGUGUAAUAAAAUCCAGGCAAGUGGUGGGUGGCAGACUGCACGGUAGUAGCUGAAUUGGGUUAAUGAGGAAAGAGGUACACUUUUUUUUUCCAUAUUCUGCCUUAAGCUAAUAAAAAAUUUAAACCUGGACGUUUUCAAUGGUUCAUCCUUUAUCUCUGACAAAUAUCUGACUGUAUGUUUCGGGGGAACAUGAACAGCUGAAUUUAAAUAAGUUUAUUUUGAAAUCUCACCUUUCAUUAAAAGUAGAAGGGGAAAUACCCUACCUCUCAUUCCAUUGUUUCAGAUCUGGGAGACUGAAGAGGCAGGACCCCACAGUGGUUUAGAGUCAGGCAAAUCCAGAUUCAGUCCCG